AUGGUUCUUACUGAACUCGGGGCGCAGCUUACAAGUGCACUUCAAAAAAUUCAAGCGGCGCCAGUGGCAGAUGAUAAUGUUAUUGAAGAAUGUUUAAAAGAAAUUGUACGAGCCUUAAUCUUAGCAGAUAUUAAUGUAAUUUAUUUGAAGGAUAUAAAAAGUAAUAUAAAGAAAAAUAUCGAAAAAAAUGCUGCGGCAUAUGGUAAUAAUAAAAAAAGAUUAGUUCAAAAAUAUGUAGUUGAAGAAUUAAUUAAAUUAUUAGAAGGAAAAAAAGAAUCCUAUGUACCAAAAAAAGGAGAAAGAAAUGUAAUUUUAUUUGUGGGUUUACAAGGAAGUGGUAAAACAACUACAUGUACAAAAUAUGCUCAUUAUUAUCAAAAAAAAGGGUUUAAAACUGCUUUAAUUUGUGCUGAUACAUUUAGAGCAGGUGCUUUUGAUCAAUUAAAACAAAAUGCAGCAAAAGUUAAAAUACCAUUUUAUGGUAGUUAUUCUGAAGUGGAUCCUGUAAAAAUAGCAACAGAUGGUGUUAAUACAUUUUUAAAAGAUAAAUAUGAUUUAAUAAUUGUUGAUAGUUCAGGAAGACAUAAACAAGAAAAUGAUUUAUUUGAAGAAAUGAAACAAGUCGAAAAUUCUAUCAAACCAGAAGAAAUUGUAUUUGUUAUUGAUAGUCAUAUAGGUCAAAGUUGUCACGAUCAAGCUAUGGCAUUUAAAAAUUCUGUAAAAGUAGGAAGUAUUAUUAUUACAAAAAUUGAUGGGCAUGCAAAAGGUGGUGGUGCAUUAUCAGCAGUAUCUGCUAUUGGAUGUCCUAUCACAUUUAUAGGUACAGGAGAACAUGUAAAUGAUUUUGAAAAAUUCGAAGCAAAAUCAUUUGUAUCAAGAUUGUUAGGAUUAGGUGAUAUUGAUGGAUUAGUAUCCACUUUAAAAGAAGUUAUAGAUAUCGAAAAACAACCACAAUUAAUUAAUCGAAUUGCAAAAGGUAAAUUUGUUUUAAGAGAUAUGUAUGAUCAAUUUCAAAAUGUAUUUAAAAUGGGAAGUCUUAGUAAAGUUAUGUCUAUGAUACCAGGAUUUGGUACCAAUCUAAUUAGUAAAGGAACUGAAAAAGAAGGUAUAGAUAAAAUUAAAAAAUAUAUGGUUAUUAUGGAUUCAAUGACUAAUGAAGAAUUAGAUUGUGUCAAACCACUUAAUGAUAGUAGAUGUAUACGUAUUUGUAAAGGUUCAGGAACAAAACUUUCAGAUAUAAAAGAAUUAUUAGAACAAUUUAAAUUUUUACAAAAAAUGGUAUUAAAAAUGGGAAAAUUAGGAUUAAGAGAUAAUAAUAUGGGAAAUUUAAUGAGAAAUCCAAAACAAUUUAUGAGUAAAAUGAAUAAUAUGAUGGAUCCUAAUAUGUUUAAUAAUAUGGGAGGAGCUAAUAAUAUGGUUAAUAUGUUAAAAGAACUUACAAAAAUGGAUGAUUUUGGUGGGGUUAUGUCAAAUAUGAUGAAACAAAUGGGUAUGAAAAAAUGA